UAACACACACUCACACAUAUAUAUACACACACACUUAUACACACACACACUUGCAGGACGCGGCACACUUUGAUAACGGGACUGUAGUGACGUGAUUAUUAUUAUUAUUAUUAUUAUUAUCAUCAUUAUUUGAUCAUAAAAAGUUUCUGAUCUGCGCGUGCCGGUUUGUUUACGUUCUUGGAGUUCUGACAGCGCGAGACGCGUUUGUAUCUAUUACACAUAUAGGAUAUAUAUAUUUCUAUAUCAGGACUCGUUAAAACCAUGGCGGAAACGGCAGCGGCUCCGGCAGCGGCUAAAGCCAAGAAGGCGAAAUCACCGAAGAAAGCGACGUCGCACCCGAAAUACUCGGACAUGAUCCAGGCGGCGGUGGUGGCGGAUAAAAGUCGCGGCGGCGCGUCGCGUCAGUCCAUCCAGAAGUACGUGAAGAGCCACUACAAAGUGGGAGACAACGCCGACGCGCAGAUUAAACUGGCGCUCAAGAGGCUCGUCGCCACCGGGUUCCUGCGCCACACCAAAGGCAUCGGAGCCUCGGGCUCUUUCAAGCUCGCCAAAGCCGAGGAGCCGACCACGACGAAGAAGAAGCCGACCACGACGAAGAAGCCGCCGACGUCGGCAGCGGCGAAGAAGAAACCCAAAGCCGCCGUGAAAGCCAAGAAACCCAAAGCCGCAGCCGCCAAACCCAAGAAAGCUCCCAAACCCAAAAAAGUGGCCGCCAAGUCCCCGGGCAAGGCGAAGAAGAGCAGAGCAGCGGCGAGCGAGAAGAAAGUGAAUAAAAAGACAGCGGCGGCGGCGGAGAGGAAGAAGAAGUCUCCGGUGAAGGUCAAGAAGGCGGUGAAGAAACCGAAAACAGCCGCCAAGCAGAAGAAGGUGAAGACUGCGGCCAAGAAACCCAAAGCCAAGACGGCGAGCAAGAAAGCGGCGAAGAAGAAGUGACUUCAAAGAGAACAAAGUUAGCCCAAUGACAUGGACUCAAAAAAAAAAACACACACACACACAAACCUGUAAAUAGACUUUUUUGAGGAUGUUUUUUGGCCUAUUAUUAUUAUUAGUAGUAGUAAUGUUAGUCUGUUAGGAUGUAAGCUCUUUGUGGCGACCUGAAUUUUUUUUUUUAAAAAAUGCUUUUUUUUUUUUUUUAUACACUUCCUGCCGUCACCUAUUGCACUAUUGGACUUGAUGAAAGGAGCUAAAACUACACUCAAAUACAUGCUUUUUAAUCAUUAUUAUUAUCAUUUUGAAUAAAUAAAUGCCUUUUCUUGACGGUGGAGCAUCAGAUGAAGGAGGUCUUAACACUAAUCAUGUUUGUCAGGUUGUUGUAAACUACAUUAGCAUAUAUUCGUGUAAUAAUAACAACUUGUUCGGACACAUUUAUACUGUACAACAAUAAACUUUUCUCCUCUUUUAAA